AUGAUUACCGGCAAAAUUAUUUUAAAAUCAGGUACAAAAUUAACACUUGAUCAAAGAUUUAGUGAAAUUGCUAAACAACCUGCACCAAUACCUCGUAUUCAACAACAAACAAGCGUAACAAUUCCUAAAUUUCGACAAGAAUUAUUCGGAAAUAAACAAUCGGCAACAAUGAGCAUUGCAAAUCGUCUUAAAAAACGAAGUAUUAAUUAUCGGCUUGGCAUGGGUAAUAAUGCUGCUACAUUUAAUCGUCAAUAUACAAAUCCACGACCAGCACCUGUUUUUCAGCGUAUUAGUUUUGGAGAUCGAAGACGUGGUGGUCGUGGCGGUGGUGUUAAUUCUUUUUUAUAUGGUGGACAAAGUGGUAUGGGUUUACGACUUCGAGGACAAGGUCGAGUUGGAACACGUAUAUUUCGUUCGAGAACACGUGGUUAUUUAAAUAAUGAUACAAUUAGUCGAUUUAGUGGUUUUACAAGACGUGGAAAUAACAAUAAUAAAAAUAAUCGAGGUCGACGUUUUGGAAAUAGAUCAAAUCGAGGACGUCCUAAUGGUAAUAAAAAUUUUAUGCGAGGACGUGGAAAUGGUCGAAAUCAAAAUCAAAAUCAAAAUCAAAAUCGAAAUCGAAAUAAAAAUAAUAAUAACAAUACAAAUUUUACAAAAGAAAUCCUUGAUAGUGAUCUUGACAAAUAUAUGGCUAAAGCAAAUAUUGAUAAUAAUUCAAUUGAAAUGAACACUAUUUAA